AUCUCAAGGCAUCUCCUUUCUUGAGCCAAGCCUAAAAUCUAGGAUAGUUCGUGUCUGAGUUAUAUACUGGAAGUAGGUUCCUCAUAGUGAUAUUGCACCAUUCCGUUUCCUUUACAGGGUAAGAUGGGAGAGGGACUUGCACACCUGGAACGCAUAGCCACGUUGAAAGAGCCAGAUGACCCAAAGAGCAAGGCCCAUUACUAUGACGGAUUAGUACUACUGUCAAGUACAUUGAUCAAUGUUGGCCGCAAGAAGGAUGCGGUUAAUUAUCUGCAAAUUGCUACUGCUUAUGAUGAGUCUUACAGAGAAUUUCUACAACAAUGUGAAAAUGAAGAGGAUGAUAUCAGUAACGACCUUGUCACUAGUAGGAGAAGAGAUUACUGAGUUCAGUAAAACUCUAAUUCUUUUUUUCCCUUUCUGUUUCCUAUUGUCAUGUAGUUUGUUAUUUAAUUGUAUCAUAGUGAAAAUAAUUGCGUCUUUAAAAUUUUGUAGGCAUCAUUCUUGCUGCUAAGAAAUUUUGAUAG